UUCCACCAUGGCGGCGUCCUUUGCUGUACCGCUGCGGUGUUGUUGUUGUGUCUUUUUGCUUUUCUUCCCGCACAGAAGCGCUUCUCAGCUCCUGAAUGAACCUUGUUACAAACCCAUACAAGACGACAGGCCGGACUUUGUCAGGACGCACCCUCGGCCCCACGAGUACACAAAUGUGUCCGAUCUUCCUCCGUCGUGGGACUGGAGGAACAUUGACGGGAAGAAUUACGUGAGCGCCACCAGGAACCAGCACAUCCCCCAGUACUGCGGCUCCUGCUGGGCCAUGGGGGCGACCAGCGCCCUGGCUGACCGUAUCAACAUCAUUCGCAAGGGAGCGUGGCCGUUGGCGUACCUGUCGGUACAGAACGUCAUCGAUUGUGGGGGCGCGGGGUCUUGCUACGGCGGGGACCACAUGGGAGUCUACGCAUACGCGCACCACCAGGGCGUCCCGGACGAGACCUGCAACAACUACCAAGCCACGAACCAAAAAUGCGAGCUGUUCAACCAGUGCGGCACGUGCGUCUCCUUCGAGUCGUGCGGCGUGGUCAGGAACUACACCGUGUGGAAAGUCGGGGACUACGGCAAAGUGUCUGGGAGAGACCGCAUGAAGGCUGAGAUAUACUCCAAUGGACCCAUCAGUUGCGCCCUGAUGGCCACCCGGGGACUGGAGGGCUACGCAGGGGGCGUCUUCUCAGAGUUUCACCCCCUCUCGCUGCCCAAUCACAUAAUAUCAGUGGCCGGCUGGGGCAUGGCGGAGGACGGCACCGAGUUUUGGGUGGUCAGGAACUCCUGGGGAGAGUUUUGGGGAGAACAUGGCUGGGCCAGAAUAGUCACCAGUGCCUAUAAGGGAGGAAAAGGCAACUGGUUCAACCUGGGUAUUGAGAAACAUUGUGCGUAUGGGGAUCCCAUUGUUACAUAGAUUUGUUUUACUAACAGCUCUAUAUUUGACUUUUAACAACCCGCAUUGUCACAACAAUGUAAUACUGUCUUUUUGCCUGAUUUAUUUUCUUUACUUUCUCUCUUUUGGCAAACAGAAAACCCAUCUUUACCGACACAAAUCCACUUUCAGCCUCUUUUAAACGCGAGUGUGAACGGUUUUGAUUGAUUGAUUGAAACUUUUAUUAGUAGAUUGCACAGUACAGUACAUAUUCCGUGCAAUUGACCACUAAAUGGUAACACCCGAAUACGUUUUUCAACUUGUUUAAGUCGGGGUCCACCUUAAUCAAUUCAUGGUACAAAUAUAUACUAUCAGCAUAAUACAGUCAUCACACAAGUUAAUCAUCAGAGUAUAUACAUUGAAUUAUUUACAAUCCGGAG